CAGUUGCUUCGACGUCAUUCACUACCCUCAGCCCAUCACCAUCAUUAGACAUGCAACGAUCUUAUUUCUUGCGAGCUUUGCCUUCAACUUCAUCAACAAAAACAAACUUCUUAAAUACUAGAAGUAGAUCCACAAUGACAAACGUCGACACUUCUUUACCCCCAGAACCCACUGGCGCAGCCGCCAAAUUUGCUGCUCAGCAUGCCGAAGAGCAUCCGCUGAAGCUCUAUGGAGGCUGGUUCUGUCCUUUCGUCCAACGCACUUGGAUCACAAUUCACGAAAAGAAAAUUCCUCACCAAUAUGUGGAGAUCAAUCCGUACAAGAAAGAGGCUCACUUUAUGGCCAUGAACCCCCGUGGAUUGGUCCCUACUCUUGCAGUACCCGUUGACCCGAAGGGCAAGGUGCAGAAACCUCUGUUUGAGAGCAACAUCAUUUGUGAAUAUCUCGAUGAGGCAUUCACGGACGAGUCUAAGUUUGGGCCUCGCCUUCUUCCUACCGACCCAUAUGAGAGGGCAAGAUGUCGUAUUUGGAUCGAUCAUAUCAGCACACGCAUCAUUCCUGCGUGGUAUAAGCUCAUGCAGCACACUCCCGACAAGCCUUUCAGCCUUGAUGAGGCAAGAGAAGAACUCAGAGGACGCAUCAAGUCUCUCGUUGUGGAGAUGAACCCUGAAGGCCCAUGGUUUCUCGGCUCGACUCUGAGUCUGGUGGAUAUUUGCUUAGCACCAUGGGCGAAACGUCUAUUUCUAAUUGAUCACUACAAGGAGGGCGGCCAUGGCAUCCCGGAAUCUGGAGAAGGUAAAGAUGGGGAGAUUUGGAAGAGGUGGAAGAAGUGGUAUGAUGCAAUUCUCAACCGUGAUAGUGUGAAGGAGACCUGGAGUGCUGAUGAACGAUACAUCAUUGCGUAUAAGAGAUAUGCCGAGGAUACUACCAACUCUGAAGUUGGUCAGGCUACGCGUUCAGGCAAGCGUCUUCCUUAAGGUGUUUGAGGAACUACCAUUAGAGAUAUCCAGCUGCAAACUUUAUGAGGUCGGCAAUGAAACAACUCGGGCAACUCUUUUCAUCUCAUACACAUGCCUCUUAGAAUCAGAACA